AUCAGCAGGAGUCACGGAUCACAGGAUUCGUUAAACACAAAGACAAAUCAUUUGAGAAAGAGAGAGAGUUGGGACCGCGAACGCGAGCGUGAGCGCGAGCGCGAAGUCAGAGAUAAGGUUUUUAUCGAUUUUGUACUUCGCUAAAACCCUUCUCUUCCCCAUUUUCCUCUCAUACUCCCCUUCCCAAUUUUCGCCAUUCAAUUGAUUUUACAACUGUACGCUGUUGAAGUGAACCCAAUUGAAAAUUAAUGGCGGGGGAGCUGGUCAGAGAAUGGACUGCAAUUCAGCAGUUUCCUGCAGCCACUCAGGAGAAAUUGGUUGACUUGUUGGGAAAAUUAAAGAACCAGGAUGUCAACACAUUAACAAUCCUUGUGAUGGGGAAAGGUGGUGUUGGAAAAUCUUCCACUGUUAAUUCUAUCAUAGGAGAACGAGUGGUCACUGUCAGUGCUUUCCAGGCUGAAACUCCGAGACCGGUGAUGGUUUCACGAUCACGAUCAGGUUUUACACUGAACAUCAUUGACACUCCAGGGCUCGUUGAAGGAGGAUAUGUCAGUGACCAGGUGCUGGACACCAUAAAAAGCUUUCUUGGCAGGUUCCUUUUGAACAAGACCAUAGACGUUCUGCUUUAUGUGGAUCGUUUGGAUACAUAUAGAGUUGAUAAUUUGGACAAACAGAUUGUGAAAGCAAUUACUGAUAGCUUUGGCAAAGAAAUAUGGCACAAAGCCAUGGUUGUACUCACACAUGCUCAGCUCUCACCCCCGGAUGCAUUGAGUUAUGAGGAGUUCUUUUCCAAAAGAUCGGAGUCUCUUUUGAAAUGUGUACGACAGGGAGCUAGGAUAAGCAAAAAGGAUGCUAAGAAUUUUGGUAUUCCUGUUGCUUUGGUUGAGAACAGCGGGAGGUGUAACAAGAAUGAACAUGAUGAGAAGAUCCUUCCAACUGGGACUCCAUGGAUUCCGAACUUGGUUCAUAUCAUCACUGAUGUUUCCUUAAAUGGAAAAUCUGGUAUUCUCGUUGACCAGAAAUUGAUUGAAGGUCCGAAUGCGAACGACAGAGGCAAAGUAUUUAUCCCCUUGAUCUUAGCCCUCCAGUACUUCUUUGUCAUCAAACCAAUACAAAAGUGGAUCAAGGAUGAUGUUGCUAGAGAGUCUAGGCCUGCAUGGGAUUAAACAAUCAUCUCCAGGAUCGAUCUCUCUUUUGUCAAUUUUUCCUGUUUUUGUGUCGUUCGUUGCCCUAUGGGUCUUUUGCCUUUGCACCAAUCAUGGUGCAUUUUAUUUCAUGUUCUCUCUUACACAUUAAGAGCAUCAACAAUGUCCGGCUGUAGAAUUUACUAUAACUAGAUUUUGAUCUUGUUCGCAUAUGUUCUUCAAUUUCAAUCACUGUAAAUCAUCUUUUUAGUUGGCAACUCUACAAACUUGGGGAGAAAACGCCUAACUUGACUUGGAACUUCAAAGUGAAAUUCGAACUUGGUGAACUCAAA